UGUACAUCCACCCAUGAUUUGAAGUGUCAGUGUAAACGAGGGUAUUAUCUCAUGGUGGUUAACAAAUUCUUCAAUACGAAAAUGUGUAAAGCAUAUACUACAUGCCCCGAGGGACAAGUCGUCCUGAGAAACGGCACGUCAAUAUCUGACACUGAAUGUGGCCAUUGUCCUGAUGGUCAGUUCUACAGGAAAGGUCAAUGUGCCGUGUGUUCCUCAUGUACGGAGAGGAACCUGACACAAGUGUCGCCAUGCACUGCCACUGCAGAUGCUCAGUGUGGACAGCACCAACUGACUGAUACUACUAAAGCCUCUACAGAGGUGGUAACGAGACAUGACCUACAUCCGAAUGACGGUGCAGACAUUACAACAAUUGUGAUUCCAGUUGUAUGUCUACUUGCCAUUGCUGUAACCAUCUUCUUACUCGUACUGCGUCUUACAGGACAGCGUGGUAAAACGACCAUACACAGUGACGACAGUCCUCUAAUUCAGCGAGCCUUUUUAACAAAUCCAAACUCAUCCAGGAAACAGAGAACACUCAGUGGGAGCAGUAUAACAAGCGUUAGAUCGGAAUCAAUCUUUCCUGAUAUGCCAGAUAAAGAUGUAUGGCGAAAUGAGGUUUUCACCCUGCUAUCCAGCAGGCUAGGAACAGAUUGGAAACGUUUCAUGAGAAAACUUCCAGGAAACAAAGACUACCACUCUACAAUAAACAGUCGAUGUGACCAGAUUCAACUAGAAGAAGCUAACGAUGUCAGAGAACAAAUCUACAAGGCUCUAAAUGAAUGGUCGCUCUCAAACGAAGAUGACUAUGUCAAAAUCGACAGUGUACUUGAUACAUUAUAUGACAUGUUUGAAAGUGACCAGACACUCUACAACGACGUGCGUAUCCUGUCUUGUCGCCUAGCAACAAGAGAAAAGACAAAUACAUCAGAGGAAUGCGUUUGAUCAUGUUCCGACUGAAUAUGAUUUGUGGUUGUUUUAAAAAGGUACCAUUUCGAAUAUAGACACCCAUGUGUUCAGCGGAUGUAUGAUGUAUUUUAGAAAUUUGAUGCAAUGUGAUAUUGGAAGGUAUUGAUAUUUUUUACAAUUUUAUUCUGUUAUUAUUUAUGCUGUGGGAGCACUGAAUAUCAAGUUUAUUCGUUCUUGUUAAGUUAUCUAAAUCUACCUCUCGGUUAAAGCGUUCGCUCGUCACGCCGAAGACCCGGGUUCGAUUCCCGAUAUGGGUUCAAUGUGUGAAGCCCAUUUCUGGUGUCCCCCGCCGUGAUAUUGCUGGAAUAUUGCUAAAAGUUGCGUAAAACCAUACUCACUUACUCACCCAACUAAGACUGAUAUUUAUCUGGAGUAGUCUCCCUUUAACACACGUUGUUUCUGUUCAGUGCGCUGGGGACAAUACAGUUGUGCGUACCUGUGUUCGAAAUACAGAUGUGUACCCACUACCGCAGCACUGUUCCACACAAUGCAUAUUCCAGUCUUCUAAACAAUUAAUAAACAAGGCAUGAGAUCACGCCUAUUUCUUUUCCAUAAUAAGUGGUUUACACUAAUACUCUCCCCCUUCUAGACCUUGGGGAAGUGGGUUACUGUGCUUUGUGGGUACUGGUUUAUGUACGCUGGAGGUACUCUAUUUGAUAGUGAGUGAUUUGUUUACAUUUGUUAUACUUUCUAAUAAAAUCCAAGAGCUU